AUGCAUCUUGGAAUGCAUGUGAGCAAUGGCACUGAACUAAAAAGCGAACAAAGCAACUACUAAUAGCAGCUAUAGUUUUAGUUAGAGCAGAAAAGAAACGAGAAAAACAUGUUUGGAAAGGUGGUUACUUGUUUCAGCGUCGUUCUCCUACUUCUCGUUUCAUCCUCCAUUUUGGUGGGCACACUCGACGUUCGUUCUUACUAUUAUUCAUUGCCAGUGUUCAAAUCACCACUUCUGGUUGCUUCUGCUCCGUGCAGCCACCACCUUCCUCUCAGGGUUUACAUGUACGAUCUCCCGCGCCGAUUCAACGUCGGCAUGUUCCAUCGCCGGAACACGUCCGAAGCUCCUGUCACCGUCCGGGAAUUCCCUCCGUGGCCCGAGAAUUCCGGGCUGAAGAAGCAGCAUAGCGUGGAGUACUGGAUGAUGGGGUCGCUUCUGCACGGUGACGGUGGCGAUGCCGUGAGGGUUUCGGAUCCGGAACUUGCUCAGGUGUUCUUCGUGCCGUUUUUUUCUUCUCUGAGUUUCAAUACUCACGGUCAUCACAUGACGGAUUCGGCCUCCAAGGUUGAUCGACAAUUGCAGAUUGAUUUGAUGGGAAUCUUAAGGCAAUCGAAGUACUGGCAAAGGUUUGGAGGUAGAGACCAUGUGUUUCCUAUGACACAUCCCAAUGCCUUUAGGUUCCUGAGGGAUCAAGUGAAUGAAUCUAUUCAGAUUGUUGUAGAUUUUGGACGAUACCCCAAAGGGGUGUCUAAUUUGAACAAAGAUGUGGUGUCCCCAUAUGUGCAUGUUGUGGAUUCUUACGCAGAUGAUGAUCCUCAAGAUCCAUAUGAGUCUCGCACUAAGCUUCUUUUUUUCAGAGGGAAGACUAUCCGUAAAGAUGAUGGUGUUGUCCGUGUCAAACUCGCAAAGAUUUUAGCUGGUUAUGAUGAUGUUCACUAUGAACGAAGUGUUGCUACAGGAGAAAACAUAAACUUGUCAACCAAGGGAAUGCGUUCAUCAAAAUUCUGUUUGCACCCAGCAGGAGACACACCUUCAUCUUGCCGCCUUUUUGAUGCCAUUGUGAGUCACUGUGUUCCUGUUAUUGUGAGUGAUAAGAUUGAACUCCCAUUUGAGAACGAGAUUGACUACUCUCAAUUCUCAGUUUUCUUUUCAUUCAAAGAGGCAUUAGAACCUGAAUACAUGAUCAAUCAGCUUCGGAAGUUUCCGAAGAAAAAAUGGACUGAAAUGUGGAGGCAGCUUAAGAACAUUUCCCAUCAUUACGAAUUUCAGUACCCUCCAAAAAGGGAAGAUGCUGUUAAUAUGCUGUGGAGACAGAUCAAGCACAAGCUUCCAGGGAUCAGACGUUCUGUUCAUAGAAGCCAGAGGCUUAAAAUCCAAGAUUGGUGGAAGAAGAGAUGAUUUUCAGAGCUCUCUCCUUUGACGCUGUACAUUCAUUCAGUCACAGUCACAAAAUCCCAAGAUGGGAAGAAUAUCAUUGAUACCAUACACAGCUUCCAAUCUUAAAAUUUUAGAAUACAGAUUUUGAUACCAUUUUUGUCAUUUUGAUAGCUUCCAACCUCUUAUUUAG